UGUAAACAUCAUGUUCAUGAAGAUUAAAAUCCAGAUGUCAUCUCAUUACUUUACGCUGCGACAGCCCUGAGCUCAGCAUCUCCUCCAUACAACUCUGCUGCCUAUAAAUACUGAUGAGGACACCUUCAACAUUCAUCAGCUGGCUGACUGACUGAACAGAGAGAUCCAGGAUGAUCAUGAAGAUCCUCGCUGUCUUCGUCCUCGUCUUUCUCACAGGUUGUAAUGGUGGACACCAUGAACACCUAUCCCAAUACCAGGUAGAAAUGGUGCAGGAUGCUUACUGGAAAUAUGUUCAGAAGUCCACGAUGACCUCGGAGGACAGUGUGGAGGACAUCAGAUAUUCGCCUCCAGGACAGUAUCUGUGCUUCCUCAUUUCACAGAGCAUCAACGUCAUCCACACAUUCUUCCGCCUUGUUUACGCUCAUAUAGUUUUGUGGACCACCGACUUUUUCCACAAGCUCUGCCAUGAGGUAGACCACCUUCACCACGAACUGGAGCAUUUUUUGCACCACUUGGAAGAUGACAUACAUUACCAUGCUAAGGAGCUGGCGGCUCAAAUCCGUUGCAAGUUGGAGGAUCUCAAGAAGUGUGCAGCCCACUACAUUGAAGGCUUGGAUUCCAAAGGCCUGAAGAAGGCCCUGAUCCAGAAAUGCCAGGAGCUACACGAGGAUUUGAAUAAGUGCUUUGAACACCUGCACACUCACAAUCAUCAUCAACAUGAUCACCAUCACCAUCAUUAUGGUCACCUUCAUCAUCAACUUGAUCACCAUCAUUAUGGUCACCAUCACCACGGUCACAAACCUCCUGGUCAUAAACAUCCUGGCCACCAUCAUCAUGGUCACAAUCAUCCUGGUCAGAAACCUCCUGGUCACAAUCAUCCUGGCCACCAUCACCAUCAUCAUCAUGGUCACCAUCUUCCUGGUCAGAAACCUCCUGGCCACCAUCAUCAUGGUCACAAUCAUCCUAGCCACCAUCACCAUCAUCAUCAUGGCCAUCACCAUCAUGGUCACCAUCUUCCUGGUCAGAAACCUCCUGGUCACAAACAUCCUGGCCACCAUCAUCAUGGGCAUAAAGAUGGAACCGACAUGAAGAAGAAAGUUGAUGAAAGCAUGGAGGGCUUUAAGGCCACUUUGUUCUCCCUGGUCCAUAGCUUUGAGAUUAAACUUGCCCAGACAACUAAUGAGAUCAAUAAAAAAAUUGUUCCACAUAGAAGGAGACACGGGGCUAAGCUUGUUCAAAACUCAGAUCACCUGAAGGACGACCUGGAGUCUAUAUGGAAUGACUGGAUGUCCUUCAGUCAGAAAAAGACCCACUGAACGGAUUUGAAGACAGCUUUGUCUAAUGGUUGUUAGUAAAAUAAACACUUAAAUCUGUACAAUACUGAGGAGGCAGCAUCUAGUUUUUCAGUUUUAUACUAAAACAUGUUGAUGGAGACCUAUUUUUCUGACACGAGAUGAUUUGCUGAAUUGUUAAUAAAAUGUCUCUAAUAUUUUAUUGAUCAA